AGCAAAGCGGAAAACAGAAGAGAAGGAGCAAACAGAUCCAGUGGUUCUCAGUCUGUUCCCUUGGCGUAUUCGUUGUCAAAUACGCCUGCCGACACGGACACAGUCACCUCUGCAGCAAUGAUCACCAUCUUCUCUCACUCAUUACUCCGUACGGCCGCUCCGUCGCCACAGCGCUAACACCGCAGGGAAUGUUCUGAUUUUCCUGGUUUAAUUGUUUUUUUCUGUCUUUCGAGUCCCUACGGAAAUCGGAUCGUUGCUCCUGGAUCUACGCAAAUCUUUCGAUACACGCGGCAGAUGCCCUCUCUUCUCUUCGCUCUGCGUCGGAAUCUGUGCAGCUUUAACGCCAUCGCGUUAGCGCUUCUCGCCUUCCAAAAUGCUGGCUACAUUGUACUUAUGGGCUACGCGCAGCAGCUGCAAGAGGCGCCGCCAGUCGCGGGCCAACCACAUAAAGAGCGGUUCUUCCCAACCCACUUUCUCGCCACGACGGAGUUUGUGAAGCUUGUCCUCUGUAUGGUGUGGUGCAUGGUGGACGUCCUAACGGAGAUGCAGAAACGGAAGCAGGAUGCUGCGGACGAAGAGUGCAUUUUAGUAGAGGCAGAAGAACUGAUUGCGGAAGCGAAUGGUGCCUUUGACACCGGUUCCCAUCCCGAGAAACGCGCCGUCGCCCAUCACGAUGGCGUAGACGCAGCAGAAGGCAUGAGGAACCCCGUCUCCUCCACGAACCCUGUAGCGGCUUUUCCCGCGUCGCCCUCUAAGCCUGUCGUGUACGACGACUACCUCCGCUGCCGCCUCUUCGCCCACCCCACCUUUUCGGCACAGUUCGUUUCCCGCAUGCGCCAUGCCGUCGGCCUCGAUGGCAACUACAAGGAGGCGCUGCUGAUGGUGGUGCCGGCGGUACUGUACACCAUCCAAGGGCUGCUGCUCAUCUUGGCUCUGCAGCACCUGGACCCGACGGUGUUCCAGAUCCUCUACCAGGUGCGCAUCCUGUUCCUGGCGAUGAUGAUGCGCGUCGUGUUGGAUUUUCGGGUGUCGCCGGUCCGGUGGGCGGUGCUGAUGGCAUUGACGGUUGGCAUCAUCCUCGCGCAGCUCUCGAUGCAGCGCCUGGAUAAAGAAGAGGAGACGGAGCAAACUCACCGGUCGUGGUCGAUUGAGGGUACGCUGGCCGCCCUCGCCGGCGCCCUCCUCAGCUCUUUUACCGGUGUCUUUACGGAGUACGUUUACAAGAAACGCGGCAACCACUUCGCACUCUCCGCUCGCAGCAUUCACCUCGCCUUCUUCUCACUCGUGUACUUUUCUUUUGUCUUUGCGCGCGAUAUCUGGACGGCGGACGAGAAGUCGGACAUGAGCAGCGGACUCGGCGGCUUCUUCGCGACCUUCUUUGACGGGUUUACGGGUCUGGUGUGGUUUCUUGUGGUGCUGCAGGCGAUGGGCGGCAUCCUUGUCGCGCUGGUUGUGCGCUACUGCGACAACAUUGUAAAAUCCUUCUCGACUGCCUUUGCCAUUGUGCUGAGCGGCACGGCGUCGGUGUUUCUCUUUAAUCUGCCGCUCGAGCCGAUGUUCCUGCUGGGUUCCUUCCUCGUGAUUAGCUCCAUCACCGUGUACAGCGUGAAGAGGUGA